UGAGCGCAGGUUGUUUUGCUGCAGAUUUUCCGCGAUUUUCCCUCAAGUGACCGUGUUUUUCCCACUGAAAUGUGCUCAAGCGAGUGAAGGACAAUGCGUGGGACACGAGUGCAGUGCAAAUUGAGGUGUGAUACCGUGAUUUUGGCCACCAUCCUCACCUUAAGCGGCCUGUUUACAAAAUGCCAUGGCAGCCAAGCUCUGGAAUUCACACUGGAGCCAGUGGAUGUCGCCGUCCAAGAAGGAAAUUCCGUUUUAUUGCAAUGCAGCGGACGAAUGGAUCCGGCAGCGCUGAAGGAUGGGAAAACAGCUCCAAAUAUUCGAUGGAGAGGUCCGGACGGGCAAGAAAUUGGAAUUGUUGGUGACACAUUUAGGACACAAUUGCAGAAUGGGUCGCUGUACAUUAGCUCGAUAGAGGAGAACCGAGGACUCACGGGGACGUAUCAAUGCCUAUUGACGGCAGACGGGAUUGGGACAAUAGUCAGCCGCCCGGCGACCGUUUCCAUUGCCACGCUGCCCGAGUUGAAUCAGGAAUUCAACGAGAUCUACUUGUUUCCCGGACAAACGGCCUAUUUUCGGUGUCUCACGACCAAAUUGCCGGCGAAUGUGGCGUACAGCGUGGAGUGGAUAAAGGACGAUGUUCCGCUGCUGGUGGAUGAGUCUCGGAUGCUGAUCCUGCAGUCGGGCGCGCUGGAGAUUGAUGAGCUGUCGGCCUCGGACAGGGGCACGUAUCAGUGCAAUGUCACUGCCGGUGGGGCUUCGAAGCUGAGCAGCAAAUCGAAUUUGAAUAUCAAAUCCACUGCCGGCGUGCCGGAGAGUUUCGCCUCGCCGUCCUUUGUCGUUGUACCGGCGCCGCAGACGGUCAGGGAGGGUGAGACGGUGACGCUGGAGUGCGUGGCCAAUGGGAACCCCAAGCCAGUCAUCAGGUGGCUGAAGAAUGGCGGAGAUAUUGACAUGAACGACUUGGAUUCGCGAUUCCGCAUUGUCGGCACGGGUUCACUGCAAAUCCUCUCGGCGGAGGACCAUGAUUCUGGCGAUUACCAGUGUCGAGCAAUCAACAGUGUGGAUUCUCUGGAUGCGAGUGCUUCUGUGCUGGUUCAAGUGCCACCCAAAUUCAUCCAGAGUCCUGAGGACAAGUCAGCGUUCAAGAAGGAGGAAUUGGAGCUCGAGUGCGCCAUUCAUGGCAAACCCACGCCGGUCGUGCAGUGGCUGAAGAAUGGGGAUCUCAUCACGCCAAAUGACUACAUGCAGAUCGUGGGCGGAAGCAAUCUGAGGAUACUGGGCUUAAUAGGGUCAGACGCUGGCAUGUUUCAGUGCAUCGGAUCAAAUCCGGCAGGAGCAAUUCAAGCGUCUGCCAGACUAGAAAUUAUUCAACCAGAUGGUCGUAAGCGAGAUAAAGGAGCGGGAAAACCACUUCCGCUGAUGCCAAAAUCAGCAUCGGCGAGUCGAGAGAAGAUGCUGAACAAUCGCCUGCUGUCCAAAAGUGCCUUCGAUAGUCUCCUGAAUGCGCCGAAGAGGAGAAACACAAGUGAUGACGAUGACCUGACUUUGGGUGAUUACAAUGAUGACGAUGCAGGAAGUGAGGAGGAGGACGAAGACUAUGACGAUGAGGAGGAUGAGGGAACGAUUCAUCCUUAUGGGCCUAAUGUUGAUCCCAAGAAGCUCUUUAACUCGCUCAUGAGAGCCAAAGAUGACUCAGAGAGUGAGGAUGUGGAGCACUUUUCUAAUCCCUAUUUUCCUCCUGUCACACGCAAACGCAUAGACGCGAACUUCGAGGGCUCGUCGCCAUUGCCAGGACCGCCGCGUGACUUGGAGGCGCAAAUUGUGAAGCCGCGCUUCAUCUCGCUGAGCUGGUUGGAGCCGCUGAAGAAUCCGGACGAGGUGAUAACGUACACGGUGUUCUACAAGAUGACAACGAGUGAUAGAGAGCGGAAAAUCACAACGAAAUCGCGUGAUGAACAACAAGUGAACAUCCAAUCGCUGCUGCCCGGGAAAACUUAUCAGUUUCGUGUCGUGGGAAAUAGUGUUCAUGGCUCGGGUGAGACUUCAGCUAUACUGGAGGAGAGCACUCAGCCUGAGGAGAACAUUUCUGGGCCGCCGAGGAGUGUGAUGGGAAUACCAAUUAGUCAUCGGGAGGUUCAUGUUAAGUGGGAGCCGCCGCUUGUGACGAAUGGCCUUAUCUCCAAGUACAGAGUGUACUAUUUUGAGAUUGAGGAUGGUGCUGAGAUGUACAUGGACAGCACGACGCUCGAGGCGACACUGACGGAAUUGCGUCCAUUCACGGAAUACACAAUUUCAGUUGUGCCGUUCAAUCAGAAUGGCAUGGGAGAUCCGUCCAAUGAGAUAAAGGUGAAAACAUACUCUUCAACACCUUCUGAACCGCCUCACAAUGUUUCCCUCGAAGCCACAAGUUCAACGUCCGUGACUAUCAGUUGGGAACCGCCACCGGAGGAUAAGAGAAAUGGCCAGAUUACAGGAUACAAGAUCAGGUACAGGAAGAUGAAGAAGCUCCAAGUGGAAACGACGCCGGGAAAUGUGAGGCACUACGAGCUGAAGAAUCUGGAGAGGCAUUCGGCGUAUCAGGUGAAGAUUUCCGCGAUGACUGUCAAUGGCUCGGGUCCGUUCACUGAGUGGAUGCACGUGCAGACGUUUGAGAAUGAUCUGGAUGAGACACAGACACCAAAACAGCCGGAUUUCAUAAGGACGCGUCCGAGUGCCGAGAGCAUCAUUAUAACGUGGGGUCCGCCGAGGGACACAAAUAUAAAGCUGCGCGGCUUCACGCUGGGAUGGGGCAAGGGGCUUCCGGAUGUGGAGAUGAAGGAGCUGGACUCAAUAGCGCGGUAUUACGAAAUCAAGGGAUUGGAGCCGAACAGCGAGUAUGUGAUUUCGCUGAAGGCGAGGAACCUUGUGGGCGACGGGCCGCCGAUUUAUGACUACGUGAGGACACGAGAGGAGGCUCUGGUGGAGCCGCCGGCGCCGCUGGAAGUGCCCGUGGGUCUGCGGGCCAUCACGAUGAGCUCCAACUCGAUUGUGGUAUACUGGACGGACACGACGCUGAGCAAGAGUCAACAGGUGACGGACAACAGGCACUAUCUCGUGCGGUACAAUCCUGUGGCCACGACGCGCUUCAAGUAUCACAACACAACGUCGCUGAAUUGCAUGAUUGGUGAUCUGAAGUCUAACAUGCAGUACGAAUUCACCGUGAAGGUGGCGAAGGGAAGACGCCAAUCCGCCUGGUCGAUGUCUGUCUUCAACACGACACUGCAGCAGAAUCCAAUUCCGCCGCCGAGAGAUCUGGCAGUUCGCAUCGACGAUCACAAUCCACAGAAUGUCAUCCUACACUGGCAGAUAUCCAGUCAGUUCGUUGACCAAGUGACUGGAUUCCUGGUCUAUUACACCACUGACACAUCGAAGAGGGACAGAGAUUGGGCAGUGGAGGCGAUUGUGGGCAAUUCGCAAACAAUGGCAGUGAUUAAAAACCUCAUGCCCUACACAACGUAUUACUUCAAGGUGCAGACGAGGAACAUCAAGGGAUACGGACCCUUCUCAACGAUGGUUUCCCACACAACUGGCAAAGAAGUUCUCACGCGAGAGCAACCUUCCACUUUGGGUGGUUUCUCCAACACUUCCGUGCUGUACCUGAUAAUCGGCGUCGCUCUGCUUCUGGUGCUCAUUGGUGUGAUUAUCGUGGCGAUUGUGUGUCGCCGGAAGACGCCAUCGACGCCGGAUCACGCGAAGAAGAGCUACCACAAGAACAAUGCCGGAAUCAUAAAGCCGCCCGACUUGUGGAUUCAUCACGAUCAGAUGGAGCUGAAGAACAUCGAGAAGAACAAUCAGCAGCCGCCGCAGACACAAAUCAGCGACGGGGCGUCGAGUAGUGGCGCAAUGACACUGCCGAGAUCCGUGAUUCACGAUUAUGACAGCGAGACGCCCAUUUCGCACGUAACCAACUCGCUGGACAAACGGAGUUACGUUCCGGGUUACAUAACCACGCCGAUGAGCAGUUCGAUGGAGAGGCCGCAGUUCCCGCGCACGCAGUACAGCAUGUCCAGCCAGGGCCACAUGUCAGUGGGACAGACGCCAGUGGCACAGACGCCCGAGAAUCCCUACGCUUACGAGACGAUGCCUUCGAAUUACAGCAAUCCAUCGAUUACUUACGCGCCUGGAAUAGCCGUUGACUCGGCGCCUAAGCGAGGCAAAGGGCAUCCGCUGAAGAGUUUCAGCGGUCCACCGAACACAGGAGUACCAAUCAUACCAGUUCCCGCCGUGACGAUUCGUCCGCAGAACGCGUCGCCCUUCAAGAAGCCCAGCCUGGCCACGAAUCCGAUGGCGAAUCGCCUGCAGAACGGCUCCGGCGUCGUGGCGCACUCGGCUGACGAGGUGCAGCGACUGGCGCCCAGCACGUCCACGGAGGAGCUGAAUCAGGAGAUGGCGAACCUCGAGGGACUCAUGAAGGACUUGAGUGCAAUCACGGCCAACGAGUUCGAGUGUUAGGCUGCAGAAGAAGUGGGAAUUUGUGGGAUCAACACUGCCGAUUGAAAUCUCAAGAGUAGAAGAGAGUGAGAGAGAGAGAGAGAGAGCUUGAUGGCUACAAAAGACUGGCGAGAAGUGUGACAGUGUGUUUAGAGAGUGUGAACUUGUUUAAUUUGUCUUUCUUCACUGAGUUCUUGAUUUGACAUCAAUGCUGGGAGUUUGAUUGCCCGAAUUGGUAAUUUUGUGAUAGUGCAAAUUCUCUGGUUUGGGAGAAUUUGCUUCUUAGGACCUUAUUUUAUAACGAUAGGUACAAAAUUUUUCUGCCACUAAACUCUACUUUGUAACAUGUUUUACUAGGUUUUAUUGUAGAGAAAUUGCAUCACAAUGUGAGAAGCUUUAUUUUGCCACACACUCGGAGAAAUGAUGAAAAAUUAUGAUUAGGAAAAAUGGAUUUGGAGUGUGAAAUUUGCGAGCGAGAGUUUUAUCCUUUGUCUUCUGGAAUGUAUGAUGAUUUUAUAAGUUUAAUUUAUAAUGUAGUAAUUUUAUUUGUGAUUUAAUUUCCUAAGUGACAAUCUUAUUUAAUGGCAUGAUUUAAGGAGUAUUUAGUUUUUAGUUAAACACACUUUGAGCGCAUUUCUCGAUGAGAAAACUGUAAAAAGCGUGAAACAUCUGAGGUUUCAGUCCUCCAAGCCAACCAUGAAAGAAUGGUAUAUUAUAGAAAUUUAUUAACUAUAAACUAUUCGAUAAAAUAGCACAAAAUAUCGGACGAAAGUGCUUCAAAUUUGAUUGUGAAGCGCAUAAAGUUUUAUUGAGCCAUUAACAAAUAGUGCCAUUUUUGGUGUAUUUUACAAUAUUAUUCAUGUUUAUACAUCUUUUUCCCUUUCUAUUGUCUCAUAAGAGUAUAAUGUGGAAAUUAUGCAAAGAAUUUUACGAAUUUUGCAAAGGAUUUUUGAGAAAAUUAAUGUACUUUCACCUUUGAACCGGUAAAUUUACCACUUAACCGAUUUGUGUCUCGGCUAACUUAAGAGAUUAUGUGAGAAAUAGCUGGAAAUUUUUGUGUAAUUUUGUCUAUACAAACAGUAUUAUUUUGUCCACGAAUCACCACAUCAUCAAUGUGUAUAAUAUUCCCAUAGAAAAUCCACAGCGAUUGAAUAUCAUUAUUUACCAGUAUUUUAUAUCGAAAGAAUAUCGCACCGAAUAAGUAAUCUUCCAAGAAUGAAUUGAUGAAAACCACUUCCUGCAAGAGACUUUUAAAACAAGAGGUUUUUUGACAACAUUUUUUUACAAUCGCGUGAAUGAUUGAUAAGUAAACUGCAAAAAGAAGCACAUAAAGGAAACGAAAAGAAUGUAACGUUAAAUGUGUAAUAUGUAAAUAUACAUAAAAAUCAAUCGACAGACACACAAGUAAAAUAUUCCCUAAAUAUAAAGAUGUAACAUUGAAAAGUGUAAGAAUUGCAUGAAAUAUUUUACUACGCCAGAAUACACAUAAAUUUUUCCAACAUUUUUGCCACAAAAGAGAAAUUUUCACGUGAAUUUAGAAGGGGAUUUUUCAGUGCACAUGAAAUAUUUUCUAUGAAAAAAAGAGGGACUAAAAAUAACAUGAAGAAUAUAAUGAAUAUUUCAAUUUGCUUAAUUGGUAUUGAAAGAAUAUAAUUUUGGGCAUUUAUGUUCUUCUAUAAAUAUGAUAUAAAGGAGAAAAAUUCAUGGAAACGCGCUAUAAAAUAUAAUUAUAUUGAACUUAUUUCGAAAUGGCGUUUUAAAAAUGGGACGAAAAAGUGAAAUGACAAAGAUGUUUUAUAAUUUGAACUUCAU